AAAAUGAAUGCAGUAUGCUUUCUUUUCUUGUUUUCAGUAUUUUUAAAUGGCUUCUUCAGCUACCAAGUUGCAUGACGGUGUCUGAGCAGUGUUUACCUCUGGCAAUAGUUUCAUCUAUCUCCCCGUUAUCCAAACAGAUAAAAUCAAGCCUACUGGAAACAGCAAGGUGCUCCCUUCCCGUUAUUUGUAAGCUGACAUGAGGCAGACAGACAUCUUCUGAAGUUUUAUGCAUGCUGUUUUCUCUCCGUGUUGCAACAAGAAAAGCCUUUUCUUUAACCUGGCUGCCUUUGAAAAAGUGACUCAGACAUAUUCAUGGCCUCUAAAGAUGCGCAGAAGCAGAGGAGUAGAGGCCUCCCUGGUUUCCUCCCUGGAGCUCCAGAUCCAGAUCAAAGCCUUCAUGUCUCUUCCAAUGCAGGGAACCAAGGACGGCAGCCUGGUGUCCCUGCACCAAAUACUUUCCUGUCAACACCCAAUGUCCCUCCUGGUCUAGAAUGUUUAAGUCAGUUAGACCUGAUCAUUAUACACCAGCAGGUGGAGCUUCUCGGAAUGAUACUUGGCACUGAGACCUCCAACAAAUAUGAGAUUAAAAAUGGUUUGGGACAAAGAAUUUACUUUGCUGUGGAGGAAAGCCUUUGCUUCAACCGUAAUGUCUGUUCCACACUGCGGUCCUGCACCCUGAGGAUCACAGAUAACUUAGGGCAAGAGGUGAUCACAGUCAACAGGCCCUUGAGGUGCAACAGCUGCUGGUGCCCUUGCUAUCUGCAAGAGCUAGAAAUCCAAGCCCCUCCUGGUUCUAUAGUUGGCUAUGUUGCACAGAAGUGGGACCCUUUUCAGCCCAAAUUCACAAUCCAAAAUGCAAACAAAGAAGAUAUUUUGAAAAUUGUUGGCCCUUGUGCAACAUGUGGCUGUUUUGGUGACGUGGAUUUUGAGGUGAAAACCGUUAAUGAAAAGCUUACAAUUGGGAAGAUUUCAAAGUACUGGUCAGGAUUUGUAAACGAUGUUUUCACAAAUGCCGACAACUUUGGGAUCCAUGUGCCUGGAGACCUAGACGUGACAGUGAAGGCAGCCAUGAUUGGUGCUUGUUUUCUCUUUGAUUUUAUGUUCUUUGAACAUUCACUAGCUGGCUUAUAACAAGCAAGAUGAUGAAAAUAAUAGAAUACGCAGAACGUAUUUCAAUAUCCCGUGGGCCCUGGAUUUCAUUUCUGGAUGGUUUGAGUAUUUGCUUUUUUGUAACAAAGCGUUAAUUAUUAUGUUUAUUAAAACAUGGUUUAAUGAGGCA